AUGGAGGCGCAGCGGCCGGCGGAGGUGGAAGAGAUGGUGCGGCGGCGGUCGAUGGUGGAGGAGACGGUGGGGCGCCGGUCGGGGGAGGUAGAGGAGAUGGUGCGGCGGCGGUCGGUCCUGGAGGAGAUGGGGGCGCGUCGGCCGACGGAGGUGGAGGAGAUGGUGGCAGCCGAGGUGGAGGAUAUGGUGCUGCGGCAGUCGGUGGUCGAGGAGAUGGAGGCGCAGCGGCCGGGGGAGGUGGAGGAGAUGGUGGCGGCGGCGGUCGAUGGUGGAGGAGACGGUGGGGCGCCGGUCGGGGGAGGUAGAGGAGAUGGGGCGGCGGCGGUCGAUGGUGGAGGAGACGGUGGGGCGGCGGUCGGGGGAGGUAGAGGAGAUGGUGCGGCGGCGGUCGGUCCUGGAGGAGAUGGGGGCGCAUCGGCCGACGGAGGUGGAGGAGAUGGUGGCAGCCGAGGUGGAGGAUAUGGUGCUGCAGCAGUCGGUGGUCGAGGAGAUGGAGGCGCAGCGGCCGGCGGAGGUGGAGGAGAUGGUGGCGGCGGCGGUCGAUGGUGGAGGAGACGGUGGGGCGCCGGUCGGGGGAGGUAG